AUUGAAUACAAUGUUUAUACGUAAAUUAUGUAUAAUAUUGAUUUUAUCAGCCAUAGUCAAAAUUUCUAUCUCUUAUCGUCAAUAUCCACAACAUAAAGUUAAUUACAAAUAUCGUGGGUAUCUUAAAGACAUGAUUGAUUCGUGCGUUAAUUUUAUUGACUGGCAACAAAAUGUAGCAUAUAGACAAUGCUAUAAUUAUACGGAAUCAAGAAUGCUUAGUGGAGAAGAGACAUCUCCAUUUUGGUCAGUAGGAUACCAACUCUGUACUAAAGUAAAAAAUUUUCCUCAUGACCGUGUAUUAUGUACGGAUUCUUUUUUUUGGUGGGAUGACUUUGUAGGAAAAAAGUUUUGUGACGAUAUGCAUUUACAUAUAAAAGGUUUUGAUUACAAACUAAGUUGGACCCGCAACAAUAUCAAUGAAAACGAAAAUUGUGUUUAUCUAAAUUGAUUUAAAGUUUGCUUAUUAUAAUUUAAUAAUUGUUAUUCUUAAUUUAUAUUUUAUCUCAUUUUAUCAUACUUUGUUGCAAAAUUUUUUUUAUUUAAGUUUAUCGCUGAAAUUCGUAUUUUGUUACAGUACGAGAGUUUUAAUUUUAAAUUUAUCAAGUAGUUUAAUGUUUAACCCUGCAUUUUAUAAUUUCUGAGUC